UAUAUUUUUUCACAACAUUGUUUUCAAUAAUAAUGCAAGAGGACGAGAGACAAAAAGUCAUAGACCGCAAUUUGCCGCAUUUGGUAUGUGUGCUGCUAGGGACUCCCAUCGAUGACAAAAAAAAUGGCAAUGGCCAAGUUUUGGUGGACCCAGCCAUCUUCCAUAAAUGCCUAACUUAUGCCAGGUGCCACAUAGCGGAUCCUAAUGUUGUGGACUGCGAUCCGGAUGAGGUGUGGGAUACUUUGAACCACUUUCUGAUGCGCUUUUGCAUCGAAAAUCUAUCUGAGUUCGGGGAUACAUUUAAUCAGCUGGCCAAUGUGGUACUGAAUCAUCCAAUCUGUAUGAACCACAAGCAGCGAAACAUCCACUGGCGACUUCUAGACUUCGUGCUCUCUGUGAACUACAAGGCCUUUGUUUCAAUCCGUCGCAACUUACCGGAGAUGGAGCAGAAGCGAAGGAACAUCCUGGAGGCUCUAAAAAUGACCACCGAAAGUUCGCAGGUCGAUCCCAAAGUUACAAAUAAUACUAAAUCUAUAGCUUAUUCUGAAUCAGUUCGGGUUACCCACAAGAAAAGGCAAAAGCCAAAGAGUCCCAGAAAAAAACUUACUCCAGAUCAGAUCCAGCGCCUCUGUGAUGAAAUAAGAGAUCUAACUUCCGCGAAACAUAGUUCCUCGGAAACUUUACGACCAGAGAUACCAAUGGAACCAUCUAAGCCACAGAUACCAAUGGAACCAUCUAAGCCACGGAUACCAAUGGAACCAUCUAAGCCACAGAUACCAAUGGAACCAUCUAAGCCACAGAUACCAAUGGAACCAUCUAAGCCACAGAUACCAAUGGAACCAUCUAAGCCACAGAUACCAAUGGAACCAUCUAAGCCACAGAUACCAAUGGUACCAUCUAAGCCACUGGACACCUCGGACUACAACUACUCUAUGGAACUAGGCAAAGUGGCAGUAAAAGAAAAUUUUAACAUUAAAGGGGCCAAGAUGGAGCUGGAACUGAAUGUUAUUCAGAACAAGCCCUCCGCAAAGAAACCCGCAUUAGUAGACUUUUUUAAAAACGGAAAUGACAUGCUAUACCGGAUUCAGACGAACUGGUGGCAGGUGGAUAUCAGUGUGUACAAUCAGCCCCAAAUUUUAGCCAGCAAUUUCUGCCAAGGAUAUGCAGACAUUUUGAUAUUUCAGCUUUGUGAAAGCCAAGCCUCGAUACGAAAGAUAAGUGAGGAGCACCAGCUUUUAAGAGAACUAAUUAUACUUUUCUUUGCAUCCGCAAAUUGUAGAAGCUUCAAAAUAUUGAAUGACAAUUGGAAAUUUAGGGCUGAUGCGCCUCUCACCUGUGCGCUUAAACAAUUAAAAGAAGGUCGUCACCUGGGCGAGAUUAUAAGCUCUCUGAAACAAAUGCGCCAUCUAAGGGAAUUGAUUGAAACGUAUGCGGUGAAGGGAAUAAGGUACGAUCGCUUGAAGACCCUUACUUGUUUCAGUGUAGCAGUGCGACAACUUCUUCGACCUGUAAUCGAGUUCCUGGUUCAUUUCGAGAGGCGUUUAACAAGGGGUCUUGAAACUGCCACCCUGCAGCACUUUAUAGAGACAUCAAGAGGUCAUUUAGAAAAGAUCAAGUUGCUGUAUGAGCUUUCCCAGAAUAAAAACCAAAAACUACAUUCUAUGAAAAGCUUUAGAACUUUGGAUACCCUUUUUACCAGGAGUUCCCAGAAAACUCAACCCAAAUUGCUGCGAUCCUUGAGCGCAUCCUUACUUCUGCACACCUUGCGGGCCUAUUGUAAGUUUCUGGAUAGCUGGUGGUCUACGGGAGACUUUGCAGACUGUCACAAAGAGUUUCCUUUCGAAAAGAUUGUGACCGAUGAACAAACAGAGUACGUCUUAAGAAAAUUAUUGAUGCAAACGGAACAUGAAAACUGUGAAUUGUUUCGUAUUAUUCAGCGGCAUGUCCUUGAAUCCAGUGAUGCAGUUGCCAUUCUCUACGAUUCCCGAAAAAUAAGUGACUUCAACACUCUGCAUGGCAUAGAGCCAGGGAUACCUCUACACAAUUCAUUAAUAGUCGCGGUCAUAAGGGAAAUAGCGCCUUAUCAGAUUCACUCAAUAGAGGCCAGUCACUAUGUUCCAGACAUCCUGCAGCAGCUGCAGUCUUCUGAUCACGAUGCAAUACGUCGCUUGUUUUACUCCUUUCACAUGGAAACUCGACCAGAUCCGAGAAAGCCAGCGGGUCAUUCGAUCAACGAGUUGCUGAGGAACUUCCUCACCUGUGCUGACUACACUCCCAUUACUGAAAUCAUUAGCCAGGAGCUUCAAAGGUUACUGAAUCGAAGGACUAGAUUGGUUAACUCCUAUAUCUCUGGCCUGUUGCAGGAGUUUCAAGGAUACAAAGUAGUAAGACACUUAAGAUCAGUUUUUCUACUCUGGAGCUAUGACCACUUUCAAAGUGAGUUUGAGUUGUUCUUCGAGUUUCUCAGAAGGAAUCAACUGGUAGAGGCCACUGACAAAUUGAAGCACAUCGUGGUAUUCCAAGAUUACACCCUGGGUCAUAUGUUUCAGGUUCGCUUGACGGAAGCCCAUCCUGAAUUUAUCUUCCUCAGGGUCAGGAAUGAUUCCCUAUUGAACCGUAUUAUCAGCCAGAAGCAAAUAGAGACGAUGAAUUCCUGCUUCCGUCUUCUUUUAAAUCUAAACUUCUUGCACUAUCGGAUAACUCAUUUGCCGCCCUUCCAAUACUGCAAGUAUGAGCGAUUGUUCAAAGCGCUGAGAUCCAUCCAGACUUCCCUCAUCUCCGCCCUCGAGGAGCAGCUAUCGCAUCCGUGUAAACUCUUUCGGAAAAUGCAGGAUCUUGAUUCAUAUAACUCUGAAUUGGAUGAAUUCACUUCCUUGACUCAACUUAGACGGAAUCAGGAAUUAUUUGGGUUGCACAUUCAAAAGUAUUUGCUGGAGGAGCAAUUCGCUUGCAGCCUGCCCGAGAUCCUUACACUGAGCAGAGUGUUUUGCCUUCGAUGGGAAACAGCCAGAGCUCUUAUAGACGAAUAUCGCAACCAGAAGGCCACUAGCACAUUUGGGCGAAAGUACAAAUUGUUGCGUUUAAACUACCUGGUGGAAACAGUGAAGAAAUGCAAGGCGAUUGGCUGUUUGCUCGGUCAUAUUUAAUAUUUAUCGUUCACUGCAAGUCUGUUCAGUUGUUUUUAUUGAAUGAAAACUAAGUACUUGUAUUUUUCAUAAAUUUUUUAAUUUUUUUAAUA